GUGUCUAAACUGUCAUAUAAUUAGUUUCAUGAGUCAAGUUGAGAAUGUAUUUCAAUUUUAUAACAUUAAUUUAAGACUGCAGAUGCUGAUAUAGAUAAAAUGAGUGAUUUUGUAAACGCUACGGAGGCGGCAUCGCUUGCUGUUCGAUUUGAUCAAGCAGGAAAGAUCGAUAAAGCGGUAGAAUGCUACAGAACAGCGGCAAGACUAUUGGAUAGAGUUCGCGAUCAAGUUCCUCCAGAACGACAAACAGAACUACGUGAUAAAGUUCGAGAAUAUCUUCAGAGAGCUACCCUCUUGCAGGAACAAAAAGACAAGUCCCAGCAAGCUGAGAGUGAGCGGGGGCUGCAGCAAUGCUACUUCCUCUUGCAGCAAGCCCUGGAUGCAGAUGAAGCUGGUCUUGAGGAUCUGGCGCUGCAGUUGUACACACAGGCUGUGGAGCUGGCUGUUACUAUAAAAUCAAGUGACCCAGACAUGCAGACUAAAGUUAAGAACCUGGCCAGACAGGCGCUGGACAGGGCUGAGGAGCUGAAGGGCAUCAACAAGAUAGGAGCCAUGUCGAUACACGAAGCUAAGAGGCCGCUACCGAACAAAGCCCAGCUGCAGCGAGAACAGAGUGUACAUCUCAAAGUGAGCGGGAAGCAGGUCUACUCCAACGAGGAGAAAGAAGUUCUACGGCAGACGUCCAACAUCAACAACAACUGCUUUCUGCCGUUCAUGGAUAUUGAUCUAUCAGAAAGAUUCCAAUACGCCAUACCUUUCGAAGACCGAGCGAGCGAGCUAAAGCUGUCGUCCAAGCAAGCGAGCGAGUUCGACCGCUGGGUGCGACCGCACGAGAUUUGCUCAGACCCGAAAAUGAUUGUUGGAGAUCACGUUGACUGCUUUAGCAUUAAACAAACAAUAGUAUCUGACUGUUCAUUCGUGGCCUCGCUCGCCGUCAGCGCCCUCUACGAGAAGCGGUUCAACAAGAAGAUCAUAACAUCCAUCAUCUAUCCGAAGAAUAGGAACAAGGAUCCUGUGUACAAUCCGUUCGGGAAAUAUAUGGUCAAGUUACAUCUAAAUGGAGUCAGGAGAAAGAUUAUUAUAGACGACCGGCUCCCAUACAGCCGUUACGGCAGACUGUUGUGUUCGUACUCAAGCAACAAGAACGAGUUCUGGGUGUCGCUGCUGGAGAAGGCUUAUAUGAAGGUUAUGGGUGGAUAUGACUUUCCAGGAUCUAAUAGUAACAUAGAUCUGCACGCGCUGACGGGCUGGAUCCCGGAGCGGUGCGCGAUCCGCAGCGAGCCGGAUUUCAACAGCGACGCCCUCUAUGAGACGAUUCGGACAAGAAUGCAGCGAGGCGAGGUACUAGUAACGGCGGCAACAGGCACGCUGAGUGACGCGGACGCUGAACGCACGGGCUUAGUGCCCGCACACGCGUACGCCGUGCUUGACGUCAGACUCGCCAACGGCGUGAAACUCCUAAAGCUCAAAAACCCCUGGUCCCACCUCCGCUGGCGCGGCAACUAUUCCGAACUCGACACACAGCACUGGACCCACGACCUACGAUCUCAACUCAACUACGACCCGGACAGCGCGGCGCAAUACGAUAACGGCGUGUUUUGGAUCGACUAUGCGAGCAUAUUGAACUUUUUCGACGUGUUUUAUCUGAAUUGGAACCCGGAUAUGUUCCAGUACACGUAUUGCAUACAUCAAAAAUGGGAUGCCGGCAACGGCCCGGUGAAGGACGCGUACAACAUCGGAGAGAACCCCCAGUUCUCUCUGCGCGUGCACGGCAAGGGGGCCGUGUGGUUGUUGCUGACGCGACACAUCACGCAGAUCGACGACUUCCGGGACAACAAGGAGUACAUCACGCUGCUGGUGUACAAGAAUAAUGGGAAACGAGUUUAUUAUCCAUACGACCCUCCCCCCCACAUCGACGGUGUCCGCAUCAACAGCCCGCACUACCUCUGCAAAAUCAUCGUCGGCGACGCCAGCGCCGACAAGUACACGCUAGUCGUCUCGCAGUACGAGAAAUCUCGGACGAUAUACUACACGCUGCGGGCCUAUGCGACUUGCCCGAUUUCGAUGGAAAAGUUGGAGAGCUAUCGGCAUACUAAAACGAUCGCCGGUGAGUGGGCGGGGCGAAGCGCCGGCGGGUGUGAGAACCAUCGCGACACCUAUAGGAACAACCCCAAGAUCUACAUCACCGUGCCGGAGAGCAGAGUGCCGUGCCGUGUGGUGGCGCAGCUGAAGGGUCCCAAGCAGUACCAGAUGGGGAUGGACGCGAGGGUCGAGGCCCUCAGUGACCCCGGCGUCACUGCUCCCUUCGUUAAGGAGUCCUCGGGCGCUUACAGAUCCGGUUUCGUAGUGUUAGAGUUACCAGUUCUCCCGGCCGGCCGGUACGUCAUAAUGCCGUCCACGUACUACCCGGCGCAGGAGGGGCCCUUCCUCCUGGAGCUGCGCUCGACCAUAGAGCUGGCGUGCGAGGCGCGCGGCUAGGCGAGGCGGAGCAGGACGAAGACUGACAAUGCUAUAUAUUAAUAUCAAUAAAUUGAGAAAUCACUGAUUUAAACUUUCAAAAAUUUUCCACAUUAUUAAAUAUUACACGGGACUUAAUCGGAGGGGCGGCUUCAAAAAAAGGAGUGUACAGGUUUUUAAAGGAGACGCGCAUGUAACAUCUCUGGAGUUGCAGGCGUCGCUGGGCUACGGUGACUGCUUACAUCAGGUGCGUCGUAUGCUUGUUUGCUACCGACGUGGUAUAGAAAAGAACUUGUAUUGAGUUUUAAAGGAGAUGGGCAGAUUUUUAUAGACACCGGCUUAUGAACCAAGAAAAAUAAGCGAAAUACCAUGGAAAAGGAUUUUUUAUAAACUCCAUUUUUUUUGUAUGGAAUAAAUAUCAAAUAUCAAACAUUUAUUCAGCAAAUAGGCCACAAGGGCACUUUUACAUGUCCAUUUUUACAAACAAUAAAUUAAAAAAAAAAAAAUUACAAAUAUCGAAUCUAUGAAAUAAUAAAGAUUUUAUCUAUCUAUCUAUUUAUCUAUGGCGAGACUUGUCAAAUGUCUGUUUAUUUUUUUUAAACGAAUAAAAAACUAAAAUAUCGCACACAAAACCAUCGACAAUAACAAAACCUUCAUGAUUUGCGACACAGGAACUUAGUAUCGAAAAAAAAACUAUAUAGUAACGUUUCAACUCGCACUACUUUUUGCGGCGAUAACUUUUUUCACACAAAUAUUUGGGACUACCUGCUAUAGUAAAAGUUUUACAACUUAGAAUAAUCUAUCAGUGACAUACCGCUUGCCCUUAUUGGUCAAAUACGCUAAUUUGCCCACUCUCUUUUACCUCCGACGUUUCGAGGACGGCGUUGUACCCGUGGUCUCAGAGAAGUCUCGAAGAAUAUAAAACUCAAUACGCGAUUAAGUCCCGUUCCUAUAAUUUAAUAAUAUUGAUUAUUUCGUAAAGAUUAAGUCUUAAAAGUACGCUUCCAAUCGCAAGAAAAUGGCAGCGCAGUGCCGCAGAACGCUUUGCUACUAAGUUGAAUGUCGAUAUACUAGCCAAUUGAUUUUUCUUGCAGUAACGCUGUUGCAAUUGGAAUAUUACCUUAACUUGUAACAAUGACAUUAUAAAAAAUCUUGUCAUUGGUCUAAUAUGAAUCGAGAUAUGAGAUUUAUUUAAUAUUAUGGCCAAUGUGGGAAAGACCGGCAUAUAACAUUUUUACAUUAGGUACUUAAAUAAAAUUAAACAAACAAUUUGUAUAUUUUCGGGUAGUUAUAACAUAUAUUGGCAAACCAACCAAGUACAAAACCGCCUUGAUCUGUGACUGAACGGCCUGACUUUAACCUACAUUAUUUGAUCCUAUAAUGUUUUCAUCUUAACUGGCUUAAGGAGCCAUUUGAGGGUAGAUUUUGUUUUCUUUUAUUUAAAUACCUAAAUAUACAGAGUAUAAUUAGGAAUACCGUCACAGGGAAAAAAACUCGUAUUUGUACACGUAAUUCGUUCAGACACAAAGGAAGAACUCAACUCCUUAAAGAGUUAAAAGCGACGAAUAAGCUUGUAGACGGUCUUUCCUUACUUACUUUCUUUCCCACAUUUACCUUAUUUAAUAUCACCAUUUGCGUCCAAAAUAUGUAAUUUAUGAGUGUUACCGUCAAUAAUGUAAACUGUCUAAUGUAUUUUAUAUUACUAUCUCCUUUAUAAUUUAUAGAUGAGACAUUCAAUAUUAGACCAUAAGCCACGCAUUUAAGGUUGUUUUUGUCCUUGCUUCUCUUCAUACCGCCUAGUCGCAUUUUCUCACGUUUUUACUGCACUCUGUGAUAUGAAACUUUGAAGUAAUAUUUUAAUAGUCAAAGCCACCGCCAUACAAUCUAAUCGCUCACAUUUUAAAACGACCUGUAGAACAAGAAACUUAGUUAAUUAUACGGUUUCACCCUUUAACUUUAACUUCGAUUUUAUAUGGCAAAAAUGACCCCCUAUAACAAUGGUUUUAAACUUAAUUUCACAAUGAAAGGGUUGAAUUUUCCGUAAUAACCGUUAAAGGGUUAUCUCACGUAUUUUUACGCCUACAACGACAGCGCAGGCCCGCCCCCAAGCAGUUAUCUCGUCGCGCGCCCAGUGUGCUGCGCGGCGAGCAGCAGUACGCGGCGCGCCGCUACCGUGACCGCUACUCGUGCACCGUUAGUACUUGAAAAUGGAGAUCUAGGCUCUCCAAAAUUGCCGCGCGAGUGACUGAGAAAUCUUCUUGUUCUUCCUCGCGUUGUCCCGGCAUUUUUGCCACGGCUCAUGGGAGCCUGGGGUCCGCAUGACAACUAAUCCCAAGAUUUGGCGUAGGCACUAGUUUUUACGAAAGCGACUGCCAUCUGACCUUCCAACCCAGAGGGUAAAAUUAGGCCUUGUUGGGAUUAGUCCGGUUUCCUCACGAUGUUUUCCUUCACCGAAAAGCGACUGGUAAAUAUCAAAUAACAAUAGCGCGAGUGACUGAGAAAUACGUGACUUAAACCAUAUAAGUUUAGUCUAAGGGGCUGUUCCACAUGACCAAGUAAAGUUCUGAAUGCUUAUUCUAUACUUGCCACUUAUCUGACGAAUAAAGUCGUUUGCGUUUCACAAUCUUCAAAUAAGCUUAACUGGUAGAUAAAUACCUUCACAACUUAAGGUAGUUUUAUCUGGCAGUUAAUAUAUUUGUUAAUUAUCUAUCGAAUACUUGGACAUUAUCAAACAGGCCCUUAGUAUGACCUACGACGGUUAAAAUUUUAACACGAAACUUGACAAAACAUUAAAGUAACAUAUAGAAACAUUAAAGUAACAUAUGAAAACAUUAAAGUAACAUAUUUACAUUUAGGUCUGCGGUGGCAGGAUGGUUCCAUUUUUAUCACUUGUCACUAUGCCCGUCACUUUCGCGAUUACAUACUUGUUAGAACGUGACAGGCAUGGUGACAAAUGAUAAAUAGCCGACAAUCAUAGCUCUACUGGUAUCCUUUUUCGUUGCUAGACAUUGUAAUACAAAGAAAACUGAGCGAGUAGAAGAUUUAUCUUCGAUUGUAUGGCGACGACUAAAUUGUUGUGAUUCAAAUCACAAAUUAGUUGCAAAUUUAAAUCUAAAAUAUUUGUAAUGUUUAAAUUAUGGAAAUUGUAUUUGUGUUUAUUUUUGUGUUAAUUUUAUAACAAAAAUAUUGACAACAAAGGUAGUAUUUUAAUGAAUCUCGAAAACAGUUUUUUAUUAUAAUUAAAUUAAAUUUUUGAUGACGAACGUUGAAUCAAUCUCUUAAAAUGUAUACAUCUAACAGUGGGUAAUUUUUUUCUUGUUUUUUUUUGUGUGAUAUUUUUUAGUUUGUAAGCAUCACAUUUAAUGAAAUUGUAAAAAAGAUUUUUAUAAAGAUCGUUAAUAAAUAUUUUCAUACACA